AUGUCUGGUGAAUCGCCGUCCGAGACAACUCCUCUGCUCCGUGAGAAUGCUACAAUAGAAGAUGGACCGUCACCUGCUGCUGCAGGCGACACAGCAGACCCUGGUGUGAUAUUGGCUGACGAGCCGGCAUUGAAGGAAUUGCUAAUUAUCCAGGGGAGCAUUUGGAUGGGAGUAUUUUUUGCCGCUUUAGAUGCUACAGUCGUUGCUACAAUUUCAGCGCCAAUAUCCUCCUCGUUCAACUCCUUGUCUUUACUAUCAUGGCUUGCAUCGGCCUACCUAAUAUCCAACGCUGCAUGCCAGCCUCUGAGUGGGAAAUUGACUGAUAUUUUCUCCCGUCGAACUGGCCUUGUAGUGUCAAAUAUACUGUUCGGAUUGGGAAAUCUCAUUUGUGGGCUUGCCAAAGAUGAGUGGGUGAUGAUCCUGGGUCGAGUAGUGGCCGGAAUGGGCGGGGGUGGCCUCACUGCCAUUGCAACAUUCGUUACCUCGGACCUUGUCCCGCUGCGAAGGCGAGGAUUGUGGCAGGGUAUUGGCAAUGUCUGCUAUGGCGCCGGCGGUGGCAUCGGUGGCAUUUUCGGUGGCUGGAUUAAUGACACUUGGGGUUGGCGAUGGGCCUUCCUAGCCCAGAUACCUUUCAUCGUGGUAUCUACGGUGUUAGUCUGGUCGAGGGUGAAAAUCCCAGUCAAAGAAACAGACGUCUCCCGCUGGAAAAGAAUCGAUUUCCUGGGAGCAGGGACUUUGGUUUUGACCUUAGUCCUCUUUUUGUACGGCAUCAAUACCGGAGGCAACCAGUUACCGUGGACCCACCCGUUGGUUUUGGUGUCGCUGGCUUUAUCUGGAGUGCUUCUGGUAGUUUUCAUCUACAUUGAAGAAAAGGUCGCCUCCGAACCCGUUAUCCCAGUUCGGUUACUCAUGGACCGAACCGUCCUUUCUGCCUGUUUAACAAAUUGGUUUUGCACAAUGAGCGUAUUUGCUAUGCUACUCUACGUGCCACUAUAUAUCCAGAUUCAAGGCUACUCUACCACCCAAGCUGGAGCUCGUCUCAUUGCUCAGGCAGUUGGGACAUCUGUUGGAUCUCUAGGACUUGGCUUUUUGAUGCGCUCCACUGGUCGAUAUCUAUUCCUAAGCUAUGCGUCUGUUGCAUCCCUUGUUGUUGGGUUCGCCUUAUUCACCACGUUUACCCUUCACACUCCCGCCUGGCCGCCUUUUUUAUACUUAUUCAUUGUUGGCAUAGGGUACGGUGGGGUCUUGACGGCAUCAUUGGUAGCUCUUAUUUCGGCCGUGGCACAUGUACACCAAGCCGUUGUCACAUCAGCGUCCUAUGCUUUUCGCAGUACAGGAAGCUCAAUUGGUAUCACAGUCGCUUCUUCUGUAUUCCAAAACAUUUUGAAGGCGGAGCUCUGGUCUAGGUUUGGUGACUGGGAUGACGCACAUCGCUUGAUUCCAAAAAUCCGGGAUAGUCUAGAUGAAAUCCAUCAUCUUCCUAAGGGCUGGUUACCCGGUGUUCUGGAUGCCUACAUGAAAGCUUUAAACGGCGUGUUUGUGACGAUCCUGGCUUUAGCACUCCUAGGGGCAAUAGUGAGUUUGGGUAUAAGAGAGCAUAAGCUGCAUGCAAACCUUGCUAGGAACCCUGGUAAUGAGUCUAGCUUUGGUGGAGAGAACCCUUCGAUAUUCCAAGGUAGCAGUGAGGUAAAUUCUGGACAGAUGAGCAUCCUGAACUCCCCGAACCGACAUCAACAUCGUGUUCUUUUAUCCACAAGAACCCCUUUCUCCGAUACUAUCAUGCGCUCGCUUCUCCGAGAUCCAGAUGUCGAACUUCGUUUAAUCGCAGACAAAGAAAUAAACAGUUCGAAUGGCACCCUAUCAAACCUCACAUACUACCCGGAUAUUCCCUCUGUUGGAGCAAACGGAAGCACAAGAGACUGGAUGAACAUCACGGCUGCAAGCCUUGCCGACUGGGCUGACGUUUUUAUUGUCGCUCCAAUCGAACCGGGAACUCUUGGUGCUAUGGUUUCUGGGCUCACCACUACGCUUACUUUGACCAUUCUCCGCGGCUGGGAUAUAUCCAAAACGAUAUUGGUAGUUCCUAAAAUGAUGAUUCUUGAAUGGAAAUCCCCCCUGACUGCACGGCAACUAAAGUCUAUCGGUACAUUAUGGCCUUGGGUAAAGAUACUUCCUCCUGUCUUGUCAAAGUUCGAUCCUCCUAAUUUUCUCGUGGAACUGCCCUGGGAGGGACGCGAAAUGUUCUAUGAAGAGAUUCGAAAGGGACUUGGUUGGCCAUUUGAUGUAAACGGGGGUGGGAAUCAUAGAGCCAUCGUGGCAGAUGUUUCCAACAACCCCCAGAUUUGUGACAUUGAGAUGAACUCUACAGACUCGUCAGCCACUCUAUCGAGGGCCAGUACUCCCCGCAGAAAUUCAAAUUACCCAGCUCUUCCCCCCGAGCUGUUGAGUAUGAUAUUUGAAGCCCUUGAUGAUUGGGAGACAUCAGUCGCAGUUGGAGUAUACACAAGAAUUCCAAUGCCAGAACAUUGGAAGCCUUUCACUCCAAAGACGGAAGCCUCAUUGAACUCCUUUUCUCUUGAAUACAGCGUCCUUCGAAGGCCGUUACACGAAAUAACGCAUCUACUUUCAUGUACACCUCUUAGGAAGCCAGUUUCCAAUCUCACAGCUCAUUUAAUCCUAAAAUUCUCUAGAACAGAUAUCCUUGAUUUCAUUUGUAAAUCUCGAGCGGAUUUAUUCUGGUCAACGCCACAACUUUCAAGCCUCCCGCUCCGUGCUUCGGCUAUAUACGGCAACAUAGCUCUGCUAGAGUGGUGGAAAAAUUGUCCCGAGUUACCGACGAAUGACGACCUUCCUGACGCCGUCGAUGGGGCGUCGCGCGCUGGUUUCGUGCAUGUCUUGGAGUGGUGGCAUAAAUCAGGACUAUCCUUUCGAUAUAGCGAACGCUCCCUUGAAUCGGCCUCCGCGGAAGGCCAAAUCGCGGUGUUGGAUUGGUGGAAAAGGGUGUCUGAGUCCUGGAAGGACUAUGACACAUUGCCACUGAAAAUAGGGAAAUCAGUGCUUUUAGCGGCACAGUCAGGCAAAACAGCCUCACUUGCUUGGUGGGAUAGAUCAGGUAUCCCAUAUACACAUGGAGAAUCCGUCGCACGGAUUGCAAGCACGCACGGCCAUGUUCCUGUUUUGGAGCUUUGGUACAGCUUGAAAGGGUCAAAGAUUAUUUUCGACAAUCAAGUUCUUGUUGGCGCUACAAAGAACGGCCACGUGGAUGUACUCGAAUGGUGGCGCCGUAGUGGGCUUCGAGUCGAGUUUAAGACCUGUGAUAUUGAAGAAGCUCUGGAAGACGCGGUGUCUGGAGCUGAAGAGCGUGUUCGAAGUUGGUGGCAACGCAACGGGCUAAAUCUUGGUGUAGGACCAAGUGAAUGGAUGAAAGUGAAGGUGCUGUGA